AUGUUGGGCUCAUUUGGUUCUUCAUCCCAUGAUGAAGAGGAGGAACCAACAGCAUCACCAUCAGAUAUUGUGCCUUACCACCACAACCACCACCAGAUUCAACCACCUCCUUUACGGGGCUUCACUUCUCCGGCAACCCACAUGCGCCAAUUACUAAUAAGCUCAGCAGAGCUCAUUUCCCAAUCUGACUUCCCCGCAGCCCGCCGCCUCAUCGCCAUCUUAUCUGCAAACUCUUCUCCUUAUGGUGACUCCACUGAAAGAUUAGUCCAUCUUUUCACCAAAGCCCUCUCACUCCGCCUCAGUUUUAACACCACCGUCACCACAACCACUAGUGGUGGCUCUAGUGUUAGUCAUGUACUUAACACAACAGAGGAAUCACUUGUUCAAUCCUCAUAUUUAUCACUCAACCAAAUCACCCCUUUUAUAAGGUUUAGUCAUCUCACAGCAAAUCAAGCAAUCUUGGAAGCCAUUGAUCAAGGCCAGCAAGCCAUCCACAUCAUUGACUUUGACAUUAUGCACGGCGUCCAAUGGCCUCCCUUAAUGCAGGCCAUGGCGGAGCGCCACCCUCCGCCGACGCUCCGCAUCACCGGAACCGGAAAUGACCCCAACACACUCCGAAGGACCGGUGACCGCCUCGCCAAAUUUGCUCACUCUUUAGGCCUCAUUUUCCAAUUCCACCCACUCCUCCUCAUCGACAGAGACGACCCGGCCUCGGCCGCCUCAGCGCUCUCCGCCGUGCUCCUCCUCCCGGACGAAACCCUGGCCGUGAAUUGUGUGUUGUACCUCCACAGACUCCUCCGGGACCGGGACCGGCUUCAUUAUUUUCUCAGCAGAAUCAAGGCCAUGAACCCUAGAGUGGUGGCUGUGGCCGAGAGAGAGGCGAAUCACAACCAACCCAUUUUCUUGCAGAGGUUUGUGGAGGCGGUGGAGCACUACGCGGCGGUGUUCGACUCCCUUGAGGCGACUCUGCCGCCUAGCAGCCGGGAGAGGCUGACGGUGGAGCAGGUGUGGUUGAGGAAGGAAGUGGAGGACAUCGUGGCGGCGGAGGGCGGUGGAAGGAGGGAGCGGCACGAGAGGUUCCGGUCGUGGGAGGUGAUGUUGAGGAGCUCAGGGUUUAGCAAUGUACCAUUAAGCCCUUUUGCUCUUUCACAGGCAAAGCUACUCCUGAGGCUGCACUAUCCUUCUGAGGGUUAUCAACUCCACAUACUCAAUGAUUCUUUCUUCUUAGGUUGGCAAAAUCAACCCCUUUUCUCUGUUUCUUCUUGGCACUAG